CUGACCUUGAAACAAUUGUAAGCAUAAAGAUAAAUUGUCUCGCCUUUGACAAAAACCUACUUGACUUCGAUUACCACAGAACAUUGUUUAUUGAAAACGUCUAUUCCAAUGUCAGACACUCCUAAUGUUAUUCCUAACAUGCCUAUUGGUUCACAUCAGUCAUCUACUAGUGCAAAGUCUAAUACAACUAAACGAAAAGAGAUAUAUAGAUACAAUGCUCCUUGGUGUAUUUUCAGCAUGAACUGGUCUGUCAGACCAGAUAAACGCUUUCGUUUAGCUGUGGGUAGUUUCAUUGAGGAGUACAAUAAUAAAGUCCAAGUAAUAUAUCUAGACGAUGAACAAGGAGAGUUCGUUGUGCAAAGUACGUUCGCACAUCACUACCCAACGUCAAAAAUCAUGUGGAUCCCUGACACAAAGUGUAUUUUCCCUGACUUACUUGCCACAAGUGGUGAUUAUCUUCGUGUUUGGAGAAUAAAUGAAGAUUCUGAAGUAAAAAAUGAAUGCUUAUUGAAUAAUAAUAAAAAUUCGGAUUAUUGCGCCCCACUUACUUCCUUUGAUUGGAAUGAAGUAGACCCGAAUAUAAUUGGAACUUCUAGCAUCGAUACUACAUGCACUAUCUGGGCCCUUGAAACGGAGCAGGUGAUCGGCCAUACAAAUGUCGUAAGUGGACGUGUAGAAUCUCAGUUGAUAGCCCAUGACAAAGAAGUAUAUGACAUAGCUUUCAGUCGUGCUGGAGGCGGAAGAGAUGUUUUCGCCAGUGUUGGUGCAGAUGGUUCUGUACGUAUGUUUGAUCUUCGGCAUUUGGAGCAUUCUAAUAUCGUGUAUGAAGAUUCAAAUCAUUCCCCACUUUUACGCUUAGCUUGGAAUAAGCAAGAUGCAAACUAUCUAGCGACAUUUGCAAUGGACUCCGUGGAAGAAGAUUACUAGGACGUUAUUUAUGCACAUCUUAUCACCGAUUCGAACAAAGCGGCUAUUUUGUGGACAGAAAUUUAGAAAAUAAAUGUGUAUAACGAAGGUAGAUGCUAGAUUACCUUGAUACUCAAAAGCUGGGACCUUUUGUUUUUCAUACAGCUUGAAUGCCUUAUUACUAUUUAUUUGUUCGCUCUCUUUUUCGUUCACACCUUCCUCAUUAAGUUGAAUAGAUUACUGAAGUUGAGAUGUUACUCAUGGGGAAAGGGGUAACUAUUUGAAGCAACACACUUACAUAGGAGAAAGAAUUAUCCGCUGUCCCGUUUGUCAAUUUAUCUCAGGAAUCUUCUUGUUAAAACUGCAGUAACCCUAUAACUCUUAUGUAAAUAUAUUUCCAUUUUUGGACAGCUCUUAAUCAUUCAGAUAGGACGUGACUAAUGAGCCAUCCUGGUAAUCCUAUAUUUGCUAUAAAUAGCAUUGACCUUCAAUACAUGUACGUCCUUUUCCCAUGCUUAAGGCGUCCGAACCUUGCCUCACGUACUUCGGUUGUGAAAACCAGGGAAACUUAUACUUUAAGUCAGAAAACAAUAAUGUACGGGUGGUUGGCCAUUCUAACACACCUCAAAUGACUAUGCAAUUUUAGAGACCUACUUUAAAGUAUGUGUCGACAGAUGUGGAUACAUAAUAUAGCGAGAUAGGGUAAAAAGUUCAUUUACGGUAAUUGAUUCAGGAACGAUGGUUCGCCCAAAUCCAAUUCUUUACAAUUGCAUUCAUUUUUUUUACCGUCUGUUUGCACAACUCUAUACCAUUACUUGUAGAUAAAGUUAAGAUUAUUGUCCCAUCCUCUCACAUGAAGUGAAAUAAUAAUAAUAAUUCCGUUCAAUAUAUGUUUUGAUCUCUUUCAAUUUAUUUCAACGCUCACUUUGUACAAAAAUGCAAUCACAUAAUAGAAAUGGGCUUACAGUUAGUUUUAAAGUAGUAUAAUAUACAAAUUUCAAUUUAACCCACUCUUAUAUAAGUGCAGAUUCAUAUACUAAGCGUUAAGUUACAAUCUGUCCCAAAUGUAGGGAUACUACCCUUGAUAAAGCUUUCGAAAUAUAUACCAUAGAGACUUAAGGCAGAAUUCAGUUAUCGUAAUAUCAUUUAUAUCUUUGGAUAGAUGAAACGUGUUAUCGACAUAUGAAAAAGCAUACUUGUUUUGUAAUCAAUUGGUCACUCUCUUUAAUUCGCUCUAAUUUAGUAGCUAUUUCGAUUUAACAAUUACUGAAAAGAUCUCAGCCUCUUUGUUUUGCACAAUAUGCUUACCUAUCUUUCAGUAUACUGAUGUUCUUUUUGGAUUUAUAUUGUUUUAAAACUGCAGAUAAUUAUUUUGGAUCUACGUGUACCGUGCACUCCAGUAGCUCGUUUAAACAAUCACAGAGCAUUUGUAAAUGGAUUAGCAUGGGCACCACAUUCAAGUUGUCAUUUAUGUACAGCAUCUGAAGAUUGCCAAGCUCUUAUCUGGGAUAUUCAGUCUAUGCCAAGAGCAAUAGAAGAUCCUAUUCUAGCAUAUACAGCUGCCGGUGAAAUUAAUCAAAUUCAAUGGUCAUCAACACAACCAGAUUGGAUAGCCAUUUGUUAUAAUAAUUCGUUAGAAAUUUUACGAGUAUAAUAUUUACUGUUUAUUUCUUAUUUUAUCAAC